AUGCCUCCCAGCGAGACUUCCCCGCUGCUCCAGAGCAACGGGCCUGCUUCUACCGGGGCCAUUCUCACCCGCGAUGCCCAUGCCGAUGCCGAGUCCGGAGACCAGCCAAUUGCUUCGGGGGAGCUGGCCAAGGAACCAUUUCCCGAUGCGCAAAAACAGCUGAAAUAUAUCAUCCCGGCAAUCUCAAUUGGUAUUUUCCUCUCCGCUGCCGACCAGACAAUCAUCAUGGCCAGUUAUGGUCAGAUCGGUAGCGAUUUGAAGGCCCUUAAUCUGACCAGUUGGAUCGCCACCUCGUACUUCUUGACCUUGACUUCCUUCCAGCCGCUCUAUGGCAAAUUGAGUGAUAUCUUUGGUCGCAAGGCCUGUCUACUCUCGGCAUAUGCCAUUUUUGGAUUGGGAUGUCUCUUUUGCGGACUGGCCCGCAAUAUCAAUGAGCUGAUUGCUGCCCGUGUCUUCCAGGGUAUCGGAGGUGGUGGAAUGACGACCGUGGUCAGCAUUUUGAUGAGUGAUAUCGUCCCCUUGCGUGAUCGUGGUCUCUGGCAGGGCAUCAUCAACAUCAUAUACGCGACUGGUUCGGGAACCGGUGCGCCUCUUGGUGGUAUCUUGGCCGACUAUAUUGGCUGGCGUUGGGCCUUUUUGGCACAAUUCCCCAUGUGCAUUCUCGCCCUCAUUGCCGUGUCACUGAUGCUAAAGCUCCCAGCUCGCGAGAAUACCCACUGGAAAGUCAAACUUCGUCGCAUUGAUUUCCUCGGUGCUUUAGUUCUCGUUGGGGCCGUCCUCGGAUUCUUGCUCGGUCUAGAUCGUGGUAGCAAUGUGUCAUGGAGUAUGCCCAUAACGAUAGUUUCGCUGUCCGUCUCCGUCGUCCUAUUCGGACUCUUCAUCCUGGUCGAAGUCUAUCUUGCCGCAGAGCCUUUUGCCCCGGGCCAUAUCAUCUUCAGCCGUACCUUCUUCGCCCUAUACUGUUGCAACUUCUUCAGUUUCGGCGGCUGGCUUGCCGCGCUCUUUUACAUUCCCCUGUAUUUCCAAGCAGUGGAUGGGGUCAGCGCGACGGUCGCCGGACUGCGACUACUGCCCAGUAUUUUGUCCGGAGUGACUGGUUCGCUCCUCGCCGGAAUCAUCAUGAGGCGCACUGGCAAAUACUUUUGGUUGACCAUCGUGGCAUACUCCUCUUUGACCGUCGGAUGUUUCACGAUCUACCUUUUCUCCGGAGGCGUCACUGAGAGUACGGUUCCGAUGAUUUUGGGAAUGGUAUUUUCGGCGUUUGGAAAUGGCAUUGGUGUCACCACCACCUUGAUCGGGUUAAUUUCCAAUGCAACCUUCGAAGAUCAAGCUGUAGUCACAGCUUGCUCUUAUCUCUUCCGCUCUCUCGGGUCGGUAAUCGGUCUGUCCCUGUCUUCGUCGGUAGUCCAGCAACUCCUUCGAGAGCGACUGGCCCUCAAACUCAAGGACAGCAAAGAUAUUGAUUCUAUCGUCAAUGGAGUCCGAGAAAGUCUCGACUAUAUCAAGAAGCUCGACCCGGAUGUCGCCCAAAUCGUGCGCAGCUGCUACGGCUGGUCAACUAACAAGGGCUUCGGCUUCAUGGUGAUCGUCGUAUUCUUUGCGCUCUUCAGUGCUUGUUUCAUGCGCGAGGCCAAGUUGAGCCGUUGA